UUCCUCUCCUCUCCUUCUACAAAGUUAAGUUAAGAUGGCAGGCACACUGGACGAUGCCAAGAUCACUGAAUACUUCAGGAACAAGAUCGUGCUAAUCACUGGGGCCACUGGCUUUCUUGGCAAGAUACUAGUAGAGAAAAUUCUGAGGGUACAGCCGGACGUGAAGAGGAUAUACCUGCCAUUGCGGGCUGCGGACUCAGCGGCUGCAAAGCAGCGGGUGGAGAGUGAGGUGUUCGGGAAGGAACUGUUUGGGCUGCUGCGAGAGUUCCACGGCGCUGGGUUCGACGCCUUCGUCAAAGAGAAGGUGGUGGCGCUGGCCGGAGAUGUCACGUGCGAGGGGUUUGGUGUCUGCGCCGAGACACUACAGGAGCUCCGACUGAAUGACGAGCUCAACGUGAUUAUCAAUGGCGCCGCCACAACUAACUUCUACGAAAGGUACGACGUGGCCCUGGACGUGAACGUGUUGGCGGUGAAGCACAUGUGCGACUUCGCUCGGACGUGCCACAACCUUGAGGUGCUCGUACACGUCUCCACGGCGUACGUGGCCGGCGAGAAGCAGGGGCUGGUGCUAGAGAGGCCCUUCAGGGACGGCGAGACACUAAGGGAUGGCACCCACCUAGACGUCGACGCCGAGCUAAGGCUGCCCAGGGAUAUCGAGAAUCAGAUGGAGGCCGACAAUUGCAUGGAUCCAUCACCCAAGGCCCGAAGGAUGGCCAUGAAGGACCUCGGCCUCACAAGGGCACGGCAGUUUGGGUGGCCCAACACGUAUGUAUUCACCAAGUCCAUGGGGGAGAUGAUGUUGGGCCAGAUGAUGCGAGGGGGCAAUGUGCCAUUUGUUAUUGUCCGACCCAGCAUCAUCACCAGCAUCCACAACGACCCACUGCCGGGGUGGAUAGAAGGUCCCAGGACGAUUGACGCCAUCCUGAUUGGAUACGCGAAGCAGAACCUACCAUGCUUUCUCGCUGACCUCAACCUCACCAUGGACGUGAUGCCGGGCGACAUGGUGGUGAAUGCAAUCAUGGCGGCAACGGUUGCGCAUGCUUCCUCCUUGCGAUUGUUGGAGUCAGAAAAACCACAGCAGCAACUUCUCUCAUUCCCGGUGGCACCUUCCAGGUUGUACCACGUGACCUCGUCGCUCCGGCACCCGGCGCCGUAUGCAGUGCUGUAUAAAACGGGGAUCCAAUAUUUUGAAAAACACCCGCGGGUGGGUCCGAACGGCUGCCCCGUACGCACGCGCAAGGUUCGAUUCCUUGGCAGUAUCAGGGCGUUCCACCUCUUCAUGCUGCUCAAGUACCGCCUCCCUCUAGAAUUCCUCCGCCUGCUUUCACUCCUUUGUUGCGGGCACUUCGGGCUUGCAGCCCUCUACCACGACCUUUCCCGCAAUUACAGGUUCGUGAUGCAGUUGGUGGACAUGUAUGGGCCCUUUUCGCUCUUCAAGGGCUUCUUCGAGGACGUCAACCUCAACAGGCUCAGGCUCUCUAUGACCGACGAUCACAACGGUGCCAGCAGGCUCUUCAAUUUUGACCCCAAGACAGUUGAAUGGGAGGACUACUUCUACAGGGUCCACAUCCCUGGGGUCAUGAAGUAUAUCCUCAAAUGAUGGUCCAUUUGCAACGAUCUGAUUCCGUAUGCUCUGAAACAAUGAAAGAAAGUACAAUGGAUGAUGAUACC